AUGUCCUCGAAAUCCCCUGGCAAAUGGAUCAGACACCUCACGAGAUCGAGGUCAGCUUCCAUCAUCUCAGUGGUCGAGGAAGAAAACAAAAUAUUAAGGAAAGAGAAUUUCAAACAAGUAGAAGGCUGGUUCGAUGCUUUCCAAAAAUACAACAGACUCAUUACCAACCAAGUAUCGGGAAAUUCCAACUUUUCAGCAGAGGAACUUUCCAAGAUUCAAAAAACAAUUUGCGACGUGGAAGGUGGCCGCUUUGUCAGUGACCUUCCGGAAGCGCUGUUCGACAUUGCUUUGUUAUGGUGCCCAGCCGGGGAUAUGACCAGAAAGUCUGUCGGGGAGUCGUCAGAGCCGUCUUGGAGUUGGAAAGGAUGGAAUGGCGCUGUAAACUUCCCAUUCGAUCCUUCUAGUUGUCCUGACGUCCGGAGGCGGGGACAGGCAGAAGUGUUCUUCAAGUCGAAGAUCACCUCGUUCGAGCUUGGACCCGAGUCUGGACCAGAGCGAUACAGGAUCUUGAAUCGGGCUAUGCCGCUCAAGGUUGGCCUGGACUCAAAGCAGCACCCUCGGAUUGAGUACCCUACAGGUGGUCUGCAUCUCUUGGCUCCCGAGCAACCGAAAACUCAGUGCGAUACUUUACGUUUCACUGCACAGAAGAUUGAUGCAUCCGCAUUCAAGAUGGAACAGAUUUAUGACGAGGACAAGCUACCCCUGCUCUGUACUGGGCUCAUUGAUUCUCAAGAUCGCCCAUGUGGUGUUCUCAUGGACUAUAAAAAGAAAAUCGCCUCAUACCAGCAGGAAGGAAAGCUGCACUACGUCUUGCUCUCCGUCAAUCGUCGCGUCCAGUCAACGUUCAGCAAGGAUCCGAGCAAUAUUUCUCACCCCUCUGGAAUCCCCAUCUGGAAGGACGGUCAGUUUUUGAAGGAGGAAGAAAUUGGCGACCCUGAGGACUACAACAACGAAGGCGAAUGGAAGAUGUACAACGUCAUGCUGAUUCAAGAGUUUGAAGCAAAGACGCUAGACAACGGUACCGUUCAAGAAGCAUUUGCAAGGAGAGUGGCUGUUGGACGUAUUCACGAGGAUGCCUGGAACGAAGCGAUCAAGGACGUUCCGCACAAAUUCUCGAAGAUCGUCCUUCGAUAG